AUGCCGUCCGACGUGGCCUUCCGAGCAAGACAUCCCGUUUGCCUACCGAGAUCAAGAUCAUUGGAACGCGUUGGAAAUGUCGCGACAUUGACCAAAGUCACAUCUGUUCCGAAUCUCGCUACUCUCCGCGUUGGCAAUGAUUACAGAUCAUCGACACUUCAUAAAUAUCGUAGAGACGUCGAUUCGCUUGACGACUGGGCUAUUGAUAGAUACACCUUCCAUGCUCCGUUCUAUUGGCAAACGUAUAGAUACGCUGCUCGGCGGCAAUUGUACGUCGACCCAAUCCCGAACACUUUGGGUCAUGAGUACUCGACAUUCUGGUCCAAAUACAAGUGGUACACUGAUUGGUUGAAUCCAACCUACUGGAGACGAUACCGCGAUCCCAACUACGACAGACCAAUGUGGAACAACUGGCGUCCAUGGCAUUAUGACAACAAAAACGUGAAGGUUGCCAUCGACUUGUACAGAAAUGGAGUAAUUGAUUUCAAGACCCUUGACAAGAACUGGAUUGAGCCUUCAGCUUAUAGCAGACGCGGAAAAGACUGGGCUGAUGUUUACCUUCCAGCAGCACGCUAUGGAGCUCAUCGCUAUUUCUACUCGUUUAAUUAA